AUGCGAUACACUGCGGUCCUAGCAUGGGCCGUACUCCUCCUCUCUGCACUGAGCGCCGUAGCCGCUCCUGUCGAGGAUCCGUUCGGAGUCGAGCGGGCCCUCACACCUUCCAACUUUAGUCUGACACAAUCAGGGGCGUGGCUGGUCGAGUUUUAUUCGCCACGGUGUUUCCACUGCCGCAACUUUGCGCCGAAAUGGCACCAAGUUGUGCAGAAUGUAGACGAUCUUAGCCAGGACCCGGAGGCCCCGUUUACGCUCGCGCGUGUCAACUGCUACGAAUGGAUGGAUCUGUGCAGCCAGCAAGAAGUUCCCUUCUUCCCGGAUGGCAAGCUGUAUGUGGACGGCCAGCUGGUCAACAAGGAUGUGCUAGGCGACAAGGAGGGAAGUCCUGGGCAGAAUGCCGAGAAGCUUAUUGACUUUGUCAAGACCGAGGCGCAAGCGUACAAAGCGCGCAAACUGGGCGUGCCGAUCACGACCACCGCGGUCGAGCCGACGAGAACGACAACCACAGCAACAACGACCAAACCUGGCGCUAUCGGUGCGAGUACUACGACGUUGGAAGAGGCCACUCCUUCCAGCGCGCCUCUCGCGCAUGUCCAGCGUCUCACUGAGUUUGGAGAAGCGCCUAUCGAGACGGUGGACCAACUGACGGCCUUCCUAGGCGCCGACCGUGGCCAGGGCCCUUCGUUCGUCAAGUUUUACUCACCCUCCUGCCCACAUUGCCGUGCUAUGGCACAGGCAUACGAGGAAGCCGCGGCAGCGAUGCUAGGCCAAGUCAAUCCACUAGCUAUCAACUGCCAAAAGUACAUGGACGUAUGCACUCAGUUCGCUGUGGAUGCUUGGCCGACCUUGCAACUAUUCCGGAAUGGGACCAAGAGCACCUAUGAUAUUCACGCCAAGCGGACUAAGGGUCUAUUUCUCAGCUGGCUUGCUGAGCAGGGCGUGUAUACGCUUUUCCCACGCGUGGAUGCUUCGCAGCUUGACGCUACGCUUCAGAAGGAUCCCUCCGCUGUGUUGUACGUGAUGCCUGCGUCCGACGUAGAGCGGCGCAUGGUAGAACAGGCGAGCUUCCAGCUAUCGUCCAGCACUCCAUUCUAUGUAUCGACCGAUGCGACGGUCGCACGUCGCUAUGGACUUGCAGGGUCCGCCCUGCUUGUGUUUGCAGGGAAUGCCCGCGUGCCUAUGGCCCAGCUCCCUCUGACUUCCGUGCGUGGGUUCCACGAGGAUACGGCGUCUGCAGCAAUGGCGCAGUGGCUGAGCGUGCAAAGCCAGCCUGUCCUGACAGAGGUGAGCGGCUCUGCGUUGCAAGAUACGAUGCAAGAGGCCCCAGCGAUUGUCUUGGGUGUGUUUAGCAGCUCUUCUCAAGCCGACAUACUCGAUGCCUUGAUUCAGUCCCUGCAUGAUUUGUCCAUGUCAUGGCGUACAUCGAGCGAUCUAUCUCAUCGACCUUUCCGGUUCUUGUGGCUCGAUGUGGAUCGCUUCCCGUCGCUCCUAGCGGACAAGUACCACAUCAGACUCGACCACACACCUGCCCUGUUCGCUAUGGCGCGAUCUACGAGCAUGAUGUACAUGUACCCUGAAGACCAUAGUGGGUCUUGGCUGGAGACAAAGAAUGGCAUCCAAUGGUUGGACGAUAUAAGCCAAGGUCGAGCGCAUGGAAAGCCCUUCGGCACAGUGCUCUCGCGAACGAUGACCAACGUUCGCACUUCCAGCCCAUCGGUUGUCCGCACACACCCCUCCCUCACGCUCCUGGUCUUUGUAGGCGUAUUACUGUUGUUUCCCCGUGUGCGUCGCUCUGUGUGGCGCAAGUCGGGCGCAUCGCAAGGCUACCGAAAAAUUGUAUAG